ACAAAGCGUGCAGUAUUAAUCAACUAGCCAUGGCGAAUCAAGACCAACUCCAAGGUCUUUUAGGACAGUUAGCGGAUGAGAAUCAUAUUGAGAGCAACCUACCUUUUGUUCUCGAGAGCAUUUCUCAUAAUCGGUACUUAGACGAUGAAUCCAGCGACUUGUCAAAGUUCCACAAGUGGAUCACUCGCUUGAAUUCACUGCUUCAUUCAAAGAAUAGCACGGCUCGGUGGGCUUCUAUCUCGCUUAUAAAAGCCACCUGUGAGCAGUCUAGCAAACUCUAUCACGCCAACGUUGCAUCAUGGGUUCUCAAUAUCCUCAAUAUUCUGAACCGACCUGAGCCUACUUCGGUACACGAUAUCGCUAUCAAAACAUUGACUUUGUUGUUCGCGAAAACCAUGGAUAAACCAGAGGUGCAAAGAGAAGUCACUUCGCCUAAUUUACCAAAGUUCAAUCACACCUUGCUAAAUUUGAGUGGAAAUAGAGAUCUUUUGCCUGCUAUAUUUGAGGCUUUCAUGUCUUCUUUCACCCAUUUUCCAACAACUUCAAGACCUGCUGCUGAUAAUUGCCGAAAGUUGUGCCUGUCGCUCUUGGAUGGCUCAUCUGAAAAUCGAUUUGAGCUUACUGAAAAAGCUUCCAGCUGUUUAUCAAACAUAUUCUUGACAGCAACAGUUGCCAAUCGUGGUGAGAUGUGGAGGAAUACCGCCCUGCGAUUAUUGGGUACAGCCAAUCGUUCUUUAGACCGACUCUUCGAUACCAUCGAUGAAGAGUCAAAUGUUUCGGAUCGCUUACCAGCGUAUGACUUUCCACCUGUCAUGUCCGAAUACCAGGAUGCAUUCGUUAUCUUGUUUAAUAGAGUGUCAGCCAUCAACGAAGCACUUGUGAAGACUUUAACUACCUCAACCCAUGCAACAGUCAGCGUCCCUGUUGCUCAAAUAGUAGACUAUCUUUGUCGCAUCUACAAUGUUAAUAACGGAUCUUUGAUGCGAGAUUUCAAAGACAACGGUGAAUACAACUGCUUAAUGGCUGGCACUCACAAGUUAUUACUGAGUGCGAACAGAGUAUUUGCCACAUUGAUCCAUUGUUGUGGUACCAGCCUCUUGCGUUAUCUUCGUUUGUUUUCUUCCUUAUUACUCCAGUUAUUGUCGCAAAACAAGCACAAACGUGUGCUCAAGGCAUCAUUGUAUGAGGUGUUGACGUUGUGUUUGCAAAAGUUUGGAGUGGGAUUCGGCGAGAUGAUCUGCAAGCCCCUACUCGGUAUCUUAUAUGAAGACCUGCGCUUGCCCAAGAAAAGAACAGCUCCUGUAGCUAAACCUACAGCUGAACAUACAAAUGCAAAGGGUUCAGGAAAAAAGAGAAAGAGAGAUUUGACGAACUCUGAUGAGAUCGCUUUUGGUACAGUGGAAGACUCACCACUAUCCUUGCUCUUCUCUGGUCUUGAAGUAUUACAAGCACUUCUUAUCACAUAUGGAUCUUCAUUGUCUGCCGAACAGCGCUCCACAAUCGAUAGUUUGAUAAUUACCCGCAUUAUGAAUGAUAGUUACCAAACUAAAGCUAGCAGCAACGACGAGCGCGUUACCGAGAAGCUUUACGAAUGUUUGUUGGCAUCCGUCAUGAAACCCAUCGAAACCCAAGCUAGUACUCUCCCGCAUGCACUUCGCAUCUUCUCUGCAGGUGCCAAUUCACAGUCUCAUCGCCUCCGGGUUAUUUGCAUACAGUCACUCUCUGUUUGCGAGUUGGUCAUGCAUUCUCGACUCCCACCUAUACCCAGAACCGAAUCUAAAGCUGCAGCCGUUGUCUACAUUCCUGGGCUUGGAAAUCUAGUGGAUCAAAAAUCACUCCAAGAAAACCAAGUUGCUUCUAAGACGAACGAGGAUCACGAAAUGGAGGACGGAUAUGCCCCACGGGAACCAGUCAAGUCCUUCACCGAUGAGAUGUCAAGCAUCUCCCAAAAGUUCCCAGCUGCAAAGAAACCGGCCUUUGAAGUCCCCCAGCCUCAGCCAGCCAGAUCCACUGCACACCAUGAACAGCCCGAAGAAGUACAGACUUCCAAGGCACCAACUGCCACGGCUGUAACCCCUUCGCCUAUUUUAACAGCGAAGUCACAGCCCGAAGAGAUUGAAACUGAGUACGUUGAGACAAAGAAGGUGCGCACCGAGGUUUCCGUAAACGACAAGUCAAAUCACCAUGCCACCCGCCAUGCCACGUCUAUCGAAACAACCCAAACUACCGUCAUCGAAGCUGCCCCCAAGCCUUCGCAGGCACCAGCAGACAAAAAGACAAUCAACAUGGUGGCUGCGGUCGGAUCGGAUGACGAGGAUAACAUGGAUAUGCCGGACAUCGUCAUGGAUGGACCGGAUAGCGAUGAGGACUCGGAAUGAAAUAGAAAAAAUAUAGAAUCUCAUGUUAUUCAUUGAAACCAUUGCACACUACUGAGUUAGAGAAACUCACUUGAGGCAAUUCAAGUUUAUUUGGCUUUGAAGUCCAUAUUUUUUGUACAUUAUGUAACCCACCCAAGCGAUACAAGAUCAGACGCGU